AGCCUAGCUACAGGAUCUAAAACCCUUGGCACAACUAAAGGAGCUUAACGCCAGGCCCCAACCAUACCCUCGCACCGCAGCGCAGCGCAGCCCUUCCCCCACCUCGUAAAUGAGGUGCCAUCAAAUUGUUGGCGCGGCUUUUGUGAAAUUGGUCUGGUUCGGAUCCUAUUGAAGCAAUUAAAGGAGCAGAAGAAGCAGAAGGAGCUGCCGGAGCUGGAGACGCACAUUUUAUAAUUAGAAAACAUAACGAAUUUGAAAGCAAAUCCCCCGAGCUUUGUAUGCGCCAAGUUUCCAAGUGAUUAAUUUCACAAUAUCAACAACAACAAGAACCACAACAAACUGGGGCCAACGACAGCGAUUUAAGCCAAUUAAGCGACAGCAACAACAACAACAACAGCAACAACAACAACAAUAACCAGACUAAAGCGUUAGCACAGCAAAUGCCGCCAUGAGUUUCCUCAGCUCCAUGCAACAAUAUGUAACAAGUGGCAUAUCCAGCUUGGGCCUCGGCAAUCGCCGCUUCUCGCUGUCCCGUCAGGAGUCUAGCGAGCAGCAGACAGGCGGCCUGGCAGGCAGCGCGGCUGCAGCAGGCGGCGCCUUGAGUCCACAGCAACAGUUGCUCUCACAGCAGCAACAGCAGCUGAACCAUCAGCAACAGCAUCAACAGCAGCAGCAGCUGCAGCAUCCGCCGCUGCAGCAACAGACGAGCAUUGGCAGUUGUCUGGGCGGCGGCGGCAGCCCUUAUGGCCCGCCCACACAGCCCAACGCGGGCGUCACCUCAAACGUUGCCGGCGGCAAUUAUCCCGCCGGCGGCGUUGUCAUUGGCAAUCCGAAUGCCACUAAUCCAUUACUAGGCUAUCCCAAGGGCAGCAGCGGUGCGGGAGGCAACUGUUCAUCCGCUGGGAGCACGCCCAUCAAUUCGCGUCGUCAAUCGCGUGCCCUGGAGUGUUUGGCUCCGCCGCGCACCGGUUCAUUCCGUAGCCGGAACUCGCCACUGCAUCAGCCGGAUCCGCCGCCGCGACCACCGUUGGCAUUUUGCAAGCGACGCCUCAGUUGGCCCGAGGUCGAUCCGCGCUCGAAUUCUGGGGUACAGGAAACGGAUGGGUCGUAUUUUGAGAACUUUACAUCGCUCGGCUGGAAGCGGGAAAAUCGUCGCAUGUCGGCAACGCGUGCGGCCGAAUCACGUGCCGAGGCUAAUCCCGAAAAUGAACGUGAUCCGCCAGCGCCCGAGGAGUCCAUUGACCGACACGACGAUAAGGAGAAGCUCUAUGUCGAGGUCCUGCAUACCAUUGCCAAUACGGUGGGCGCACCAGCGCCCGGCGGACAGUUUGCACAUUACAAGGACGAAAUGUAUCUGCAUGCACAGCGCGCCUUUGGUGUCAAUCCGGAUCGUCAUUAUCGCCUGCUGCACGCCUCCGCCGAGGAUAAACCAAAGAUAAUCGUCCUCUCUGCGGUCGUCAUUGAGGCUGAUGGUCUCGAAGCAAAGGAUGCCAAUGGCUUCUCGGAUCCGUAUUGCAUGCUGGGCAUACAGCCGGACGGCGGUCCGCCCGUGUCGCCGCUGCCGCUGCCGCCGACGCCGCGCGCCCUUUCGGCGGACAUGAGCGGUGGCUUUGAUAAUAGCGCCACGGACUCGCCGCCGCAUCGCAAGCACAGCUUCCGUUUGAGCUUUAAGCGGCGCGAGGCCGGUCGACGGGAGCAGCGCGACUCGCUGGGCGGCCCGGUCCCGGCCAAGCUAAUCAAGGCGACCAGCAUAAAGCCGCACACGCUCAGCCCCAAAUGGAAUGAGAAAUUUAAAUUCGACAUCGAUGACAUCAACACGGACACCUUUCACUUGGACAUUUGGGACCACGACGACGAGAGCUGCGUCCUGGACGCCGUGUCGCGCCUGAACGAGGUGCGCGGUGUACGCGGCCUGGGUCGUUUCUUCAAGCAGGUCUGUCAGUCGGCGCGUCAGGGCUCGCAGGACGAUUUCCUGGGCUCCGUGAAUAUACCCAUAGCGGAUAUACCCUCAACAGGGCUGGAUGCCUGGUUCAAGUUGGAGGCGCGCAGUCAUCGCAGCACUGUGCAGGGUCGCAUACGGCUCAAGCUGUGGCUAUCGACACGCGAGGAUCGCGGCAACGUUGCCGAGGAGAACAAUGAACAGCAGCUGCGCAAGAUCGAGCAGCUGCAGCUGGUCUUCAUGCAGCACGAGGUGACCACACACGAGCCCAGCUGGACCUGGUGCGGUGAUCUGCCCGGCCCGGCGCUCACCAUACUCCAUCAGCUGGCCGUACAGUCGGAGCUCACCGAUUUGCACUGCGCCAUGGCCAGAUAUGUGGCCGCCGCUCGACUGAAUCGCUCAACGCCGCUGGAUCCAAAAUUCCUGCAUCGCCUGCUGAGCGAUGUGGAGAAACAAUGGAAUCAGCCCAAUCAGGAGGCGCUGUCACGCGAUCUGGAACAAUGGCUGGCCGAGGCGAUGAAUGGCUUUGUGGAGCGUUCGUUAAAUCAGAUACGACGACAUCGUGACAUCUUUCCGGCACUGAAUCCGCCCUCGCUCAUACGCUUGGAAUUCCUGCUGCGCUGUCUGGGUCUGCUCGGCUCGAUGCGCGCCUUUCGCGCCGUCUGCCCCUUUAAUAAGGGCGUGCGCGGCGAGGUGGUAAAUGCGUUGCGUAAGGGCUCCAUUAUGUGGGGCCAAAAUGUGCUGCGCGAAUCGCAAUGCUUGCCCAAUCCAUUAUCGAAUUUUGUAACAACAUUAACCGCCGACAUCCAGCUGGGCCAGACCUACUAUCAUGCCCUAUUUGACAACACGAAUGGCAUUCAGUACUUCAGCAUUAUCUACAAGCAGUACGAUGCGAUGGUUGGCGAGGAGGUGUACACUCGGAUGGCUGCCGGGCAGGUGCCCGGCGUGCGAAUGAAUCUCUCACAGUAUGCGGUGCUGGAGGGCGACGCGGAGCCGGUGGAUACAAAGCCAUUCGAACUGUUUCUGGCAUUGCAGGAAUUCUGUCAGCUAAAGAGGCAUCUGUCCGCCCAGCCCCAACCGCCGGAGAAGCCGCUGGCAUUGAGCAACAGCCACGAAUGGUUCAUACCCACCUUUGAGCGCUGGAUGAUGGUUAGCAAGGCGAAGGCGUUGCAACGCAUCCGAGCUGCCAUUCGCAUGGAUGCCAUUUGCGAGGGUGAGCGCAUUGUGCGCUACAGCAGCUCCUCGGUGGACACGGCCAGCACGCUGUUGAACAUCAAGGAGUUCUGGAAGGUAAUCAAUUGGCCCGAUGAGGAUACGGCCAUUAUGCUCGAAUCGCAGCUGAUCGAUGUUGUCUGCUCGGCCGCGAUGCACUAUUGCGAUCUGAUACACACAACGCUGGCGGACAGCGGCUAUUACGAGCAGCAGGGUCCGUUCCGUUGCUCCGAUGAUAUGUGCGUUACGGUCAACAAUGUGGAGUAUGUGCGUCGCACUCUGGCCGAAUUUCGUUCGGAUGAGCAGCCCCUGGAGGAGUCCGCCGACAAUCUGCUCGAGUCCAGCUUAACGCACAUGGAGAAUCGCUGCGAGCGCAUACUGUCCAAGCUGGCGCCGCUCAUGCAAAUGUCCCUGCAGAAGGCCGUAUUCCAUUUGGCCUGGUCGCCGGACUCGCUGCCCGCCAAUCAGGCCAUUGUGCCGCUGCUCGAGUACCUGGACUGUCAUCUGGCUGCGCUGAAUAGCGCGCUGCUCACCAAGAAUUUUAAUCGCUCGCUGCGCUUCAUCUGGAAGACGGUGCUGGGCGAGAUGGCGCGCCAAAUGGAGACCGGCGAUGAGACGGACAAACCGACGCAUUUUCACAAGCGUCUGUACGAGGCGCUGCAGCUGCUCGUCGACUUCUUUCAUGCCGAGGGCCAGGGCCUGUUGCUCGAGUGCCUGCACACGGAGGAUUUCUGGCGCAUCGAGCAGCGUCUGCAGUUCCACAAAACGGACACGGAUCGUCUCAUUGAUAUGUUCUAUUUGAAUCGCUUGCGUGAGCAAUUGGUGGCCGUCAGUCCGGGUCCCUACGGCUCCCUGGCCGUGCGCGCCUACUUCAAUCACGACUCGCUGUGCGUCGAGGUGCUGCAUGCCCGGGACGUGGUGCCCCUGGAUCCGAAUGGCUUCAGUGAUCCAUUUGUCGUCAUCGAGCUUCUUCCCCGCCGCGUCUUUCUGCACUGCAUGGAACAGCAAACCAAUGUGCACAAGCGCACUUUGAAUCCCAUUUUCGAUGAGUGCUUCGAGUUUUCGGUGACGCUGGAGCAGUGCCUCACCGAUGGCGCCAUGAUUUGUUUCACGGUCAUGGAUCACGAUGUGCUUACGGCAAAUGAUUUUGGCGGCGAGGCGUAUCUGGCCCUGGGCAAUAUACCCGGCGUUGCCGACUACAGCACCAGCGUGGAUAACUUCCAUGGGCUCAAGCAAAUCGAGUUGCCGCUAAUGCAGCAAAAGGAUAAAUGCAAUCCCAUUUUGCAGAUACUGGAGCUGCGCGUUAAUGACAAACAGGCGCAGGACUUUGUGCGCAAACAGAAGGCGCGCUUCAUCAAUUGAUUCUAAUAAGUUGAGUCCAGUGAAGUGACAGUGCAAUGAAAUGUGUGCAACAGCAAUAACAACAACAACAACAGCAGCAACAAUAUCGAAAUACU